UCAGCAGAACUAAAUUUAUUCAUAUAAAUCCACUGUAUUGAACUAUCUGUAUCAAGCAAAAGCAGGAAAAAUGGCUUCAAGUACAAAGAAUGGAUCAGAAGUCACAGGCUCGGGAGAACCAGAGGCAAAAAGAGCAAGAAAAGUUGCUUUGAUAACAGGCAUCACCGGUCAAGAUGGCUCCUACCUGACAGAAUUUCUUCUGGACAAAGGUUACCAAGUCCAUGGAAUUGUGCGUCGAGCCAGUCAGCCUAAUACGCAGAGGAUUGAGCACCUGUACGCAGACAGAGCUACCCAUCAGAUGGGUCAAAUGAUUCUGCAUUAUGGGGAUCUGACGGACAGCACUUGCCUUGUUAAGAUUAUAAACCAGAUUCAGCCUGACGAAAUUUACAAUCUCGGAGCUCAGAGUCACGUUAAGAUUUCGUUUGAAAUUGCUGAAUACACUGCUGAUGUGGAUGGUCUUGGUACGCUGCGUAUUCUCGAUGCGAUUCGAACCUGCGGACUUACUAAGAAAGUCAAAUAUUAUCAAGCGUCGACUAGUGAGAUGUAUGGAAAGGUCCAAGAAAUCCCACAGACCGAGAAAACUCCUUUCUAUCCCCGAUCCCCAUACGCAGCCGCAAAACUAUACGCUUACUGGAUUGCAGUCAACUAUCGGGAAGCAUACGGAAUGUAUACUUGCAACGGAAUUCUUUUCAACCAUGAAAGUCCAAGGCGGGGUUUUAAUUUCGUCACAAGAAAGAUCUCGAGAAGUGUAGCAAAGAUACAUCUUGGGUUGCAAGAUCACAUGGAGCUGGGCAACAUAGACUCAAAGAGAGAUUGGGGCCAUGCCAGAGAUUAUGUGGAAGGAAUGUGGGCAAUGCUGCAGCAUGAAACGCCUGAUGAUUACGUCCUGGCAACAAACGAAACCCACAGCGUUCGUGAAUUCAUUGAAAAAUCCUUCAAACACGUUGGAGUUGAGAUUGGAUGGAGAGGAAGCGGAACGGAUGAGGUUGGAUAUGACAAAGCUACCGACAUCGUCCGAAUAAAAAUCAAUCCAAAGUACUACAGACCCACGGAAGUUGAUUUUCUUCUCGGAGACGCAACGAAAGCGAAGAACGCGUUCGGUUGGGAACCUAAGAUCAAAUUCGAAGCUCUCGUCAAAGAUAUGGUAGACGCGGACGUAGCCAUGAUGAAAAAGAAUCCCAAUGCCUAACGGUAGUAGCCGCUUGCAAGAGUAUAAAAUGAUAAAAAAGGAAAAAAUAGCGAAAAGCUAGAAAUAUUUUUCAUUCCAAUUUUAAAAUUAAAUAUAUUGAUAGACCCAGUAUAAUGGCACUUCUAGUUAAGCUGCUUUCAAUACACAACGUACUGUGUUAUGUAAUUAUGCAAUCUACACAAGUUAGAUGUCUCAAUUUAGGUCCAGGAUGUGCUAUUUAGAAUAUACCAUAAUUUAAGUUAAGGAAUUUUUACUAAGCCGCAGGCUCCCAACCUUUUCCAUCACGUUUACCUAUUGGGAAACUGUUUAAUUUCCUCCCUAACUUCACAUGAUUUUCUGUUUCUGUUUGUUGGACAAUCUUCAAUUAAUGUUAAAAACUUCCCCUGUGUUGGGAAAUCUCCACUAAGCCAUGUUGUGUUUUAUUUUUUUUGCAGUACUGUAUCCAUCCAUACGUGUUUCUUCAUUUUUUACUGCUUUAUUUUUUCUUCAAUAGAAAUUCUUCAUGUAGCAUUUUAUUAAUUUGAACUAUAGAAUAAUUUUAUUCAUGUCGACCAUUUGAUACUGGGAUUCAUGUUGUGUACAAACCCCUUUUCACUUCAUUAUCCACUGUUACUACAGUUUUCAGCUCUAACGGGCACUACAGAAGUAUGUGUACCUAUAAGGAGAUAUCUAAAGUUUUUCGCCUACUUAACAUCAAGUUGUGUAAAGGGACUGAAACCUAUGGGCAGGGGGUAUGUCCACUCGACUAAUUCUUCAAAUUCAAUGUUCCUUCUAGGUCAGUUGUUCCCAAACUUUUUUAAAAAAAAUCCUCGACGGAUCUCUUGCAAUUUUAUUAAUGAUUCCCGCCAGGCCUUGUACACCAAAACAAUACUUUAAAAGAUCACAACAAAAAAACAAUGUGUUGUAUAGUGAGAAGAAUAUAAA